AAUGCUCAGAAAACAAUGCAUUCCAUGGUGGAAAUUGGGAUUAGAAAAUCCUCUUUGCCUCCUGACCCUUGAAAAUGGAUCAUGAACAGAAUGAAGAUGACAUGUUCCUUAUUUCUACACUAGCUUUCCUGGAUCUGGAAUCGGAGCCUGAAAGUCCACUGGCACCCCCUGCAGAUCUUCUGGAACAACUGGACGGAUAUGAAUGGACUCUCCGAGAUGGGGGAGGAAAAAACCUACCACCACCUGCAGACUUACAGAGAAAGCUCAGUGAACAGAGAAACAGGCCCAUAUUUCUAGAACACAGGAUUCCCACAAUGACAGAAGACAUGGCCAGAAAUGCCUUCCUCAGCUUUGUCAAUUCCAAAUGCUGCUAUGGCAAUAAAGCUGCUGGAGAAUUGGUCAUUCAGGAUUUGAAACAGCUGACUGUAUACAGAUAUCGACUGGAGACCUUUCAUGAAUCAAGGCUAAGUGAAUGGACUUUUCAACCUUUUACUAAUAAUUUGGUAGAUGGACCACAAAAUGGCGCUUCUCCUCGGCCAUGGGAUAUUAAGGUCCAGGCUCCGCCAAUGUUUCAGGAUGAUACAAAGAAGUUCCGAGUACCUCACUCUUCAUUAGUCAAGGCAUGCCACAAAUGCCAGGGUCAUGGCCGACACAAAUGCAGUGCUUGCCAUGGUGCAGGCAGGAUGAGAUGUGUUACGGGCAGUGGGGCCAGACACAGGGCAAAGCAGCAAAAGCGGUGCCAGAUGCGUUCAGGUACUGGACGUAAAAGAAGGUGCAGCACCUGUUCUGGGCGGGGAAACAAAACCUGUAUGACAUGCCAGGGAGAGAAAAAGCUCUUACAUUUCAUACAGCUGAAAAUAACCUGGAAGAACAAAGUGUUUGAAUUUGUUUCUGAGCACCAGCUGAACUUUCCAGGAGAGCUGCUCAGUAAAGUCAAUGGAGAGAAUGUAUUUAAAGAUGAAAAUAUUCUGGUGUAUCCCAUCAUUGACUUCCCUAUACCACAGAUCUCCCUAGCCUCACAGAGAGCCAUCAUGGAGCAUAAUGCAGCAUUCGCCACAUCAUCACGCAUUCUACAGCAGUAGAAAAAGGCACAAUGAGAUCCAGUGGCUGGAAGAGAAGCUGGAUAAAUUUAGACAAGAAAUAAGUACGCAUCUUUAAUAACUAGAAAAAUUAACCACUGGAACAAUUUACCUAGGGAUGAAUUCUCCAACACUCCAAGUCUUUAAAUCAAGACUGGAUCUCUUUCUAAAAGAUAUGCUACAGCCAAACAAGUUAUGGGUUAGAUGCAGGAAUUGCUGGGUGGGGUUUAUCACCUGUUCUGCAGAAAGUCAGAUUAGAUGAUCAUAAUGGUCCUUGCUAGCCUUAAAAUACAUUAAUUUAUUGUCAAGUGGCAAGAAGCUAGGCUACUCCAAGGGGGUCCUGAGAUAUUAUCCCUCUCCAGGACCUAGGGAAAGGGACACACUGCACUAUCUCAUUGCUUCACUCUUCAUGGCCAGCUAGCUCUGCAGGCCAGUGUCCCCAUAUAGGGAUGGGAAGGUGGGGAGAGAGGAAAGAGAGCAGGUGGUGCCAAGACUCUGCCCUCUUUGGAGCAAUUUAAAUCCCUGGGACUAUGCAUGGGGAGAUAGCCCUGUACUUCCCUGAGAGCAGGGGCUGCACAAUUGCCCUUGGCCUCUGAGUGGAUGAUGAGGGAAGGCUCUUUGUGCCCCUCCCCAACUUGGAGUCAGAAACAGGAGCAAUCUAGUCCUAAGGCAUCAAAAGUUGGGCAGCCAAAACCACUGGUCACUCCUGAUAAUUUUGGAUUGUGUUUAUUUCAUUAGAUGUAUUCAUGGAAUUGAUUAAAACCAGUGAUGUUGGGGGAGGAUGUUAGAUUUUAAUUACUAGGUUAGUAAUUUAAGAGCAAUAUUUUUGAGCAGAUUUAUAGCCUGAUAUCUUUAAAAAUCAGAAUUAAAUCCUAGGGGAAAUAAUGGCUCUUGGUUCUAAAGACAAGAGAAACUUCUUUCCCCUUUUCCAAACAAAGUCACUGCCAAUAAAUUCUUUAUUCUCCCAGGUUAAUAUCCUAGCAGUUAAUUUUGCAUAACCAUUAUGUUCCAUCGAGUCACAUCUAUUGCCUUCAUUAGGUUGCAAAUGCUAAAUUAUAGCUGGUACAUACUGCCUUUUCCCUCGGGAAAGAGAAAAAUGCCACCUUAAAAAAGAAAAGUAAAUUAAGAGACCAAAAUAAGCUAACGGGGCAAUGGUUUGAUUUUCCAUAUGGUCUGUCAAUCUAAAAUCACCUCUUUGGCAAGCUCAUGCUUUCCAAAUUAAUUCCAGGUGAUAAUUCUCACUAUCAAAAGCAGUUUGUUCACUAGAUUGGCACACACCAUCCAAAAGCCUCCUCUAGCUGCCUGGGAAAGCAGGUGUCGAGAAGCUCUUCCAGUGCCAAAUCUCCCAGACCAUGUGUUGUUUACUUAGGUCUGAGCUGCGUCCUGCCAGCUCAUUCCUCACUACUUAAUUCUUUGCACCCUCCACUUGCUCUUGGCUAAAGUUCUACCACUUAAUAAUAAGCAUCUUUUGGAAGAAAAGAGGAGAAACACCUCUUACUGCAUAUUUGCUUGGCUGCUGGCAUUCCAGCUUUUUAUGAAGUUGGCCAUAUGAUGGAGGUAAAUAUUGUGCCCAUAAAUUUUCUGUAGGCUCAGCGUGACUACAGUCUGGCGGCUUUCACUUGCUUCAUUUAGUUGUGUUUAGAACACUGACCUUCUGUGUAAUUGUAACACGUCAGGGUGGGCAACUGAGGAUCAUUACAUAAUGAGAGCAGGAGAUUAUUACUUAAUCUACCACAGCUAUUGCAUUUCUCCUCUGCCUUUUUAGUUUAUACUAAACUAGAUCCCAGUUGCAUUAGCUUUGCUUCAGCACUGGAUGGCAGUGUCUUUUCAUAAUAAAUGCUACCAGUGGAGCUGUACACCUUUGCAAGUCUUAAUGGAACUAAAGAAAGAGAAUUAUGUAUUCAAAUGGUUUGAUUGAAUGCGUGCUUUCAAAACACUACAGAACAGCGAACAGGCAUUUAACCUGAGGUGUUAGCUUCCUGUGCAGACCUUUUUCUGGCAUGGUCCCUCAUUGAAAUAUUUGCACUUGAUUAGUUAUUUCUAGCUGUUGAAACACAUUUGUCCCCCAAACAGGAUUUUGUUCCAGGUAAUUCUCUAAUUGGCAUGUGAUUUAUCUGCAGCUUUCUGCACAGAGACUCAAAAUGUUUUACAUGGUGUGAGUGGGUUGGGAUUACUAUACCCACUUCACAGAUGUGCAAACUGAUGUACAGAAUUG